AUGCAACAGCCCCCUGGUUUUGAAGAUUCUGCUCAUCCUCAUCAUGUGUGCCGCUUAUUGAAGUCCCUUUAUGGGUUGAAACAAGCUCCUCGGGCUUGGAAUGAGCGUUUCACUACUCACUUGCUCACCCUUGGUUUUGUUCAAUCCUUGGCUGAUACAUCUCUGUUUAUUCGCGUAUCUGGGAGUGAUCUUCUUGUUCUCCUCUUAUAUGUCGAUGAUAUCAUCUUGACUGGGAAUAAUAGUGUCUUGAUUCAGCAGACCAUUACAGCUCUCAGUCGUGAAUUUGAUAUGAAGGAUCUCGGCCAAUUAACUUAUUUUCUGGGACUCCAAGUUCAGUAUACUUCCACCGGCAUUCAUGUUAAUCAAUCCAAAUAUGCGGCUGAUCUUCUUCUUAAAGCUGGUAUGACUCAAUGCAAGCCUUGUUCUACACCCUGUUUACCUACAGCAAAGUUACUCAAGUUUGAUGGCACCCCUCUUUCGGAUCCUACUGUCUAUAGAAGUCUAGUGGGAGGGCUUCAAUAUCUUACCUUCAGCAGACCUGAUAUUGCUUUUGCCGUGAACACUCUUUGCCAGUUUAUGCAUACUCCUACAGAUUCACAUUUUGCUGCUGUCAAACGUGUGCUGCGCUAUUUGGCUGGUACUCUGACUCAUGGCAUUCAUUUCACCUCUGGUGAUGUGCAUUUGCAAGCAUAUUCUGAUGCAGACUGGGCAGGUGAUGUCAAUGAUCGUCGGUCCACGACAGGGUCUGUUGUCUUUCUCGGCAAUAAUCCUAUCUCUUGGUGUGCUAAGAAGCAGAACACUGUCUCUCGUUCCUCGACUGAGGCAGAAUACAGGGCUCUUGCUAUCACUUCCGCUGAGUUAUCCUGGCUUCACCAACUUCUACGUGAUCUUCAUGUCUUUCUUGAUCGUCCCCCUGUUCUUUGGUGUGACAAUAUUUCGGCUUUAGCCCUUGCUAGCAAUCCUGUGUUUCAUGCGCGCACUAAGCACAUUGAGAUCGACUUCCACUUUAUCCGUGAGCGUGUUACUAGGGGCGAUAUGCUGGUUUCUCAUAUUCCUAGUAGUAAUCAACUGGCCGAUAUAUUCACUAAAGGGCUGCAUACUUCUCAGUUUUCGUAUCUUCGAGACAACCUAAUGCUUAGUCCCCCAAGCAUUAGCUUGAGGGGGGAUGUUAGUCUACAACCCAAAUUGCCAGAAUGA